AUGUCUCAAAAGCCGCCGAUCGUCGUCAUCGUUGGAACAACAGGCGUCGGCAAGACGUUGCUGUCCCUCCAACUGGCCGAGCGGCUCAACGGCGAGGUCAUCAGUGCCGACUCGAUGCAGGUUUACAAGGGCCUGGACGUCAUCACCAACAAGGCCACCCAGUCGGAGCGGUCGCAGGUGCCCCACCACAUCAUCGAUUUCUUGGACCCUCUCGAGGAGUAUUCUGUCGGCGAUUUCGAGAGGGACGCCCUCGAAGCUAUCGAAGCAAUCCAUGCCCGCGACAAGGUGCCUAUUAUUGUCGGUGGAACCAACUAUUACAUUCAGUCGCUGCUCUGGAAUCGCUCACUGGUUGGCUCAGACUCGUCGCUGACCUCCGAGGGCAUCACCACUGAGAUUGGCAAACUAGUCCCGCAUGCCUCGAUCGACAAAGCGCUCUUGAAGCAGGUGGCAGCUGCGAUUGCGGCUCUGGAGCCCAAGGGAAAGCGACUCGUAUACCCCGACGAUGAAGAGCUUCCAAAGGAUGUUGAUGGAUACAAAGUGUUGCAGACCGUCGACCCCUCGCUUACAGCCAACCGUUUCUGGUAUAUCUGCUGUGGGGCAAAUCGAACGACGUCGGCAUCGGUGCUGGAAGUGAUGGCCCAGCGAUGGCACCAAAACGAUACCCGCAAGAUCCUGCGGAGCCUCGAGGUUUACUAUACCACAGGCAAACGACACAGUGACAUCAUCAUUGCACAGAACAGCGACGACAGCGGACGCAGUCUGCGAUUUCGCGCGUGCGUAUUCUGGAUCUACGGCGAGCAUGAGCAGCUGGCGCCUCGGCUGGAUGAUCGUGUCGACGAGAUGAUCAAGCUAGGACUGUUUGACGAGCUGAACACGCUGUUCGGGCUUGCCCAGCAGAAGUUGGGCGGCAAAGUCGACUAUUCGCGCGGGAUAUUCCAGGCAAUAGGAUAUAAGGAAUUCGAUCCCUAUCUCACAGCACUACACUGCGACCCACCGGAGGAGCCGCACGAGCUCGAACGACUCAAGACCAAAGGGAUCGUGGAAAUGAAACAAGCCACUCGACGCUAUGCUCGCAAGCAAAUCACCUGGAUCAAGAACAAACUUGCGCCUGUGUGCUUGAAGGAAAUGGCGUUCCGGGAUUCAACCGAGGCGUCUGGACAGGCCGCGGAAGCCACAGACAUGGCAUUCUAUAUCCUCGACGGCAGCGAUUUGAAGGAGUGGCCAAGGAGCGUCGGCGAUAAGGGCCUGUCGCUUUGCGAUGACUUUAUCAACAAGAACGUCGCGCACGAUCCGGCCAAACAGAGCCCGACAGCGCUGGCCGUGAUCGCAACGCUGCCGCAGCAGACGGCGGAACUCUCGGGCUGGACAAAGCGGAGCUGCCCGCUCUGUCUCGACAGCAACAACGAGCCCAGGGUGUUCAACGGACCGAAGGAGUGGGAUGUGCACAUCCACAGCCGCAACCACAAGCGCAACGUCGGGCUUGCGAGAGAGCGUGGGGACGACGACGAUGUGCAGGCCGUGAUGGGACAGCCGAUGCGGAAACGUGGCGGAUCGCCUGUGGAGGACGCAAGUGCUGCGUCGACGGCGCCGAAACGAGGUCGAUCCGACGCCGAUGCCCAAUAG